GAGUUUAGUGAUCUUCUUCUUAGGUUUUCUCGAUCUGGUUGAUUGCUUUAACCAUCUGUAACUAUGGCGGCAGAACCCAAGGCGGCGGUUGAAGUAGUAAAGGUGGAUCUAUUCGAGGACGACGAUGAGUUCGAGGAAUUUGAAAUCAACGAAGAUUGGUUGGAGAAAGAGGAAGUGAAGGAAGUUAGCCAGCAGUGGGAAGAUGACUGGGAUGAUGAUGAUGUCAAUGACGACUUCUCACGUCACUUAAGGAAGGAGCUUGAGAAUGGUAGUGAAAAGAAAUGAGGUCCAAGAUUGUGAAAGGCAUGUCGUCACAUUUAGGAACUUAUUUUGAAUUGCAUCCAUUGGUUUAUGGCUAGCACGUAUCGGUUCUCCUUUUCCUUUGCAUAUUUUACUCUUCCUUGGAUGCAGAUUCCUUGUCUUUGACCAUGAUAAAUUUGAACUGGUAAA